UUUUUUUUUUCCUCUGUACUUCUUCUUUUUUUUUUUUCUUUCCAUUUUUUAUUAGGUAUUUAGCUCAUUUACAUUUCCAAUGCUAUACCAAAAGUCCCCCAUACCCACCCAUCCCCACUCCCCUACCCGCCCACUCCCCCUUUUUGGCCCUGGCGUUCCCCUGUUCUGGGGCAUAUAAAGUUUGUGUGUCCAAUGGGCCUCUCUUUCCAGUGAUGGCCGACUAGGCCAUCUUUUGAUACAUAUGCAGCUAGAGUCAAGAGCUCCGGGGUACUGGUUAGUUCAUAAUGUUGAUCCACCUAUAGGGUUGCAGAUCCCUUUAGCACCUUGGGUACUUUCUCUAGCUCCUCCAUUGGGAGCCCUGUGAUCCAUCCAUUAGCUGACUGUGGGCAUCCACUUCUGUGUUUGCUAGGCCCCGGCAUAGUCUCACAAGAGACAGCUACAUCUGGGUCCUUUCGAUAAAAUCUUGCUAGUGUAUGCAAUGGUGUCAGCGUUUGGAUGCUGAUUAUGGGGUGGAUCCCUGGAUAAGGCAGUCUCUACAUGGUCCAUCCUUUCAUCUCAGCUCCAAACUUUGUCUCUGUAACUCCUUCCAAGGGUGUUUUGUUCCCACUUCUAAGGAGGGGCAUAGUGUCCACACUUCAGUCUUCAUUUUUCUUGAGUUUCAUGUGUUUAGGAAAUUGUAUCUUAUAUCUUGGGUAUCCUAGGUUUUGGGCUAAUAUCCACUUAUCAGUGAGUACAUAUUGUGUGAGUUCCUUUGUGAAUGUGUUACCUCACUCAGGAUGAUGCCCUCCAGGUCCAUCCAUUUGGCUAGGAGGACACAUGCUCCACUAUGUUCAUAGCAGCCUUAUUUAUAAUAGCCAGAAGCUGGAAAGAACCCAGAUGCCCCUCAACAGAGGAAUGGAUACAGAAAAUGUGGUACAUCUACACAAUGGAGUACUACUCAGCUAUUAAAAAGAAUGAAUUUAUGAAGCUUGACUUUUUAAACCACGACCUACACUAGCCCACUCAAGGACAGUGAAGCUUUAGAGGCUGGCUCUGUAACUCGCUAGCUGUGCAGGAACAGUGCCAAUAGAACCCAUCCCCAGCUAUGGGAUCAACUGACACAUAACCAUUAUUCACAUGGUGAAGUUACAUAUUAAUAUUAUAAUAGUGUUUAUAGGGGCAUUGUACAAAAGAGAUCUGUUUUCCAAGACAAUGUACAGGAAAGCACAAUGCUGAAGUUAGAGAAUGACUCAAUUCUUCUAAACAGUUUAAUAAGACUUAUAAGAAAUUACGAAAGCGCAGACAUUGAAAAUCUAGAAACAUGUCACAGAUUAGAAAGCAUUUAACUUUCCUAAGCCUUGUGUUCUUCUGAGAAAACAGGAGUUGGGUCCCAAGUAGGCACUGGUGAUGCCGUUUCCUGUACUAUAGCUUCCUUCUCACCAUGGUUUCAGAAGCUGUGGCUAGAGAUGCCAGAAAGCAGACAGGAAGGAAGCGAGAAAAGGUGGGGCGCUCUGGGCAUCCCUCCCUAUGGCCCCGAGCAGCUCACAGUUCUCAGGCUCUGUAUGCCGGGUCUUACAGUUCUGUAUGCCGGGUCUUACAGUUCUCAGGCUCUGUAUGCCGGGUCUUACAGUUCUCAGGCUCUGUAUGCCGGGUCUUACAGUUCUCAGGCUCUGUAUGCCGGGUCUUACAGUUCUGUAUGCCGGGUCUUACAGUUCUCAGGCUCUGUAUGCCGGGUCUUACAGUUCUGUAUGCCGGGUCUUACAGUUCUCAGGCUCUGUAUGCCGGGUCUCACAGUUCUCAGGCUCUGUAUGCCGGGUCUCACAGUUCUCAGGCUCUGUAUGCCGGGUCUUACAGUUCUCAGGCUCUGUAUGCCGGGUCUUACAGUUCUGUAUGCCGGGUCUUACAGUUCUCAGGCUCUGUAUGCCGGGUCUCACAGUUCUCAGGCUCUGUAUGCCGGGUCUCACAGUUCUCAGGCUCUGUAUGCCGGGUCUUACAGUUCUCAGGCUCUGUAUGCCGGGUCUUACAGUUCUCAGGCUCUGUAUGCCGGGUCUUACAGUUCUGUAUGCCGGGUCUUACAGUUCUCAGGCUCUGUAUGCCGGGUCUUACAGUUCUGUAUGCCGGGUCUUACAGUUCUCAGGCUCUGUAUGCCGGGUCUCACAGUUCUCAGGCUCUGUAUGCCGGGUCUCACAGUUCUCAGGCUCUGUAUGCCGGGUCUUACAAGUUCUGUAUGCCGGGUCUUACAGUUCUCAGGCUCUGUAUGCCGGGUCUUACAAGUUCUGUAUGCCGGGUCUUACAGUUCUCAGGCUCUGUAUGCCGGGUCUUACAGUUCUCAGGCUCUGUAUGCCGGGUCUUACAGUUCUGUAUGCCGGGUCUCACAGUUCUCAGGCUCUGUAUGCCGGGUCUCACAGUUCUCAGGCUCUGUAUGCCGGGUCUUACAGUUCUCAGGCUCUGUAUGCCGGGUCUUACAGUUCUGUAUGCCGGGUCUUACAGUUCUCAGGCUCUGUAUGCCGGGUCUUACAGUUCUCAGGCUCUGUAUGCCGGGUCUUACAGUUCUCAGGCUCUGUAUGCCGGGUCUUACAGUUCUCAGGCUCUGUAUGCCGGGUCUUACAAGUUCUGUAUGCCGGGUCUUACAGUUCUCAGGCUCUGUAUGCCGGGUCUUACAGUUCUGUAUGCCGGGUCUUACAGUUCUCAGGCUCUGUAUGCCGGGUCUUACAAGUUCUGUAUGCCGGGUCUUACAAGUUCUGUAUGCCGGGUCUUACAAGUUCUGUAUGCCGGGUCUUACAAGCUCACAGUCACAUCACUUCCUGAGUCCUGAAGGGAUGGUCAUCACGUCCUUAGUGUGAUACAGACUCCAAUUUACCUAUUAACGAGCUUUAUUCUCAAAGCCCAUUUGAAAGUUAUCCAAACAAAUCAUCCUCAGAGAAGCCAAGCUACAUGUUACAUGCUGUAAGAGCUGUGUUCACAGGUCACUGUACAAAGACCAUGCUGCUCCAAGUUUUCAGCGUUGUGACUUCCUGCCCUGUCUAGCAGGAU